AAAACUGCGAGCCCACUGGGAACUCCUGAAUCCGUUCAGCUCCGGCGGAGAAGCGAGAAGCCUGCAUUGCCGUCGUGGGCUGAGGACAGCUAGGGGAGAGCCGGGAUUCGGCCCCUCCCUCCCCGUAGCGUUUUCCCGCCCGCCCAGCCCCACUCGCCAGGUGGCUAUGGCCUCACCGCCGACUCAGGGUCCCCCGGUCCCUGACUUAGUUUCUGGGUUGCCACCGGCGGCCUCAACUCCUGCCAACCAGAGCACAGAGGCCUCGGCGGACAAUGGGUCAGUGACUGGCCCAGGCGCUCAGGCUGUCACGCCUUUCCAAAGCCUGCAGCUGGUGCAUCAGCUGAAAGGGCUGAUCGUGCUGCUCUACAGCAUCGUGGUGGUCGUGGGGCUGGUGGGCAACUGCCUGCUGGUGUUGGUGAUCGCGCGGGUGCGUCGGCUACACAACGUGACCAACUUCCUCAUCGGCAACCUGGCCUUGUCCGACGUGCUCAUGUGCACCGCCUGCGUGCCGCUCACGCUGGCCUACGCUUUCGAGCCACGCGGCUGGGUGUUCGGCGGCGGCCUGUGCCACCUUGUCUUCUUCCUGCAGCCCGUCACCGUCUACGUGUCGGUGUUCACUCUCACCACCAUCGCGGUGGACCGCUACGUCGUGCUGGUGCACCCGCUGCGCAGGCGCAUCUCGCUGCGCCUCAGCGCCUAUGCGGUGCUGGCCAUCUGGGCGCUGUCCGCGGUGCUGGCGCUGCCGGCCGCCAUGCACACGUACCACGUCGAGCUCAAGCCGCACCGUGUGCGCCUCUGCGAGGAAUUCUGGGGGUCUCAGGAGCGCCAGCGCCAGCUCUAUGCUUGGGGGCUGCUUCUCGUCACCUACCUGCUCCCCCUGCUGGUCAUCCUCCUGUCUUACGUCCGGGUGUCGGUGAAGCUACGGAACCGCGUGGUGCCAGGCUGCGUGACCCAGAGCCAGGCCGACUGGGACCGUGCGCGCCGCCGCCGCACCUUCUGUCUGCUGGUGGUGGUCGUGGUGGUGUUCGCCGUGUGCUGGCUGCCGCUGCACGUCUUCAACCUGCUGCGGGACCUCGACCCGCAAGCCAUCGACCCUUACGCCUUUGGGUUAGUGCAGCUGCUCUGCCACUGGCUCGCCAUGAGCUCGGCUUGCUACAACCCCUUCAUUUACGCCUGGCUGCACGACAGCUUCCGUGAGGAGCUGCGCAAGCUCUUGCUUGCCUGGCCCCGCAAGAUCGUGCCCCACGGCCAGAGCAUGACAGUCAGCGUGGUCAUCUGAUGCCACUGCACCGGGCCUUGGCUGGGGACCUCCAUGUCCACUAGUCUCCGAGGGUGCCCACCUGAGGCCGGACUGGAGAGCUUAUCCCCAGCGCCAGAGCAAAUCCAAUAGGUGACCAAACUUCCAGCCUAGCCCUCUUGUCCAGCUGUCUUGCUUUGUCCUUGUGUCUUUGUAAAAUGUUGAGUGGGCUUUGGAGGGAGUCUUGUGCUUUGCUUGAAAGAGGCCAAGGAGAGGUGAGAGGAUUUAUUAUUUCCUCCCUAUGCCCUGAAUGCCAAACAAAGCUCUUUCUCCUGGUUCAUAACAGUAUUUCAGAACCGUGGCUGUCUCCUCGCUUUCCCUUCUGCUUGCUCAAUGGUGAGAUGAAGGAACAAUGGGGUUGGGAUUUCAAAUGGCUGCGUUGGGGUUGGUGAGGCUUUUUCCGGUUGCCUUUUAAAAAGGACUCAACUGAGCUAGAAUACCUGAUGUUGCUUAGUCAGUUUGAACCCAUUAAUUCCUAGGAUUCCAGGGAAGUAUGACAAGUCUGUAUCUGGGAUUUCAGCAUUUCCUGAAUAAGAUCAUUACACACCAAAAGGGUUUCACUUUUAAUUUCACUUGAAUCCAUAGCGCAAAAACACUUAGAAACCACCUUUUGAUAGCAAGAUCUUCUGAAAGGUGGUUUCUAAGUGUUUUCCCUCCUCCUUGUCACCUAACUUCUAUCUGAAACUGAUAAGAUGAAUUAGUCAAUGAAGAGAUAAAUAGGGAUAAAGAAGAAAAGGUCCAGAUCACUUAAGGAGGCAUAUGACUGAGGACAGACAUCUAUCUGGGUGUAUGUUUGUGUAUACACACCCAGUGUUUGCUACAAGGCAGGAACACAGAUAUUUGAUUUUCUGAAUACUCAAUGUAAACCAUGUUCGAUAGCUUUCUCUAAUUGCUCAGUUGCAACAGAUCAACAGCUGUCAUCUGAUUGCUCAGCACCUGCUCUGUGGUGACACACUUGGAACACAAUCAACCCAGGAUACAAGGAUGGGGAGACAUUUACUUAAGGCCAGAACAGAAAAAUAAACCGCCACCAGACCACCAUCAAAUACUUAAUUCUUUCCAGGGUUAGAGGGACAAGUGAAGACUGUUGGGCCAUGAUACCAGGCUGAUAACCCUCAUCUUAGCCUCCUGAGGAUUCUGUAAAUGAGGACAAGUACCCUGGACAAGGAUCUUCACGUUGAUGUUGGAGCAGUGACUGGACAGUGAGGGUGGGAGUUUUGUGAAGUGAUACGUGCUAUCCACCUGCCAGAUCAGCCCCCGUGGCACAUAGGGCAGGAACUAGUGCAGGAACUGCAGCAACUCAGUUAUCAUCUCUAAGACUCCAGUACUGCCCUAGUUCACUAUACAGUAGAAUCAAGCUCUCUCCUUAGCUUACUCUCUGAAAUGGGCUCAUUCAUUCAUUAAAGUGUGCCCUGAAAGGAAGGGAAAGAGGAGAAAGGCUUGGGGAUGACAAGGAUUAAGUCCCAUUACUCCAAUGCCAGCAGCCAUGAUGGAAGAGUAAGUAUUUAUGGUUGGGUUAGUUAGCAAUAUGAGUCUUUAGUAGUUAUGUGGCUAGACCUUUCCCAGCAUGGGGGAAGGCAGGAAAAGUCUGGCUUGGGAGAAAGGAUAGGCAGGUUAACUUGGGAGAUGCAGGUUACCUUUAGCAACGGCAUAAAUAUUUUCAGCUUCAUCUGUGGAUGUGGAGAACAAAGCCUAUGUCACUCCCUGUUCCACAUGAGCUCAUUCCCCAGGCAUCCCAGAGACUGGCUCCUGUGGCUCACAGCUCCAUUACUUGGGAGGCUCAAGGCCAAACGGGCAUUUCAUGUUUCCUCAGAGCAUUCUUUUGAUGGGAAUGCAUCUAGAAUGGAGGGGAUGGGGGAAAGGAUGGGAUUCGUUGGGGAGGGAUCUGGUUAAUUGUACUUCCUUUUUUAAAAAAAAAUCUUCAAAUUUAUUUAUUUAUUUAUUUUGAGAGAAAUAGAGAGAGUGAGCAGGGGAGGGACAGAGAGAGAAAAUCCCCAGCAGGCUCCACACUGUCAGUGCAGAGCCCGACGUGGGGCUCGAACUCACAAACUGAGAUCAUGACCUGAGCUGAAACCACGUGUCAGAUGCUUAACUGACUGAGCCACCCAGGCACCCCCACUUAAUUGUACUUUCUUUGUUGGAAUGUUUAAAUCACUGUUCUCAGCCUUGGCUGCUCCUAGAAUCAGUUGGAGAGCUUCCAAAAAACACCAGUGCUGAGGCCCUAUCCCCAGAGAGUCCAAUUGAUUAGAGAUGGAGCCUGGGCAUCAGCAUUUUUUCAAAGCACUUCAGGUGACUUUAAUGUGCAUCCAAGGUUAAGCCCCUUAAGAAUUAUUGUCUUUCUAAUGAAUCUCAGAAACAUCUGAAUGAACCUUUGAUUGUACCUGCCAAAGGUAUUAAAAAUUUGGAGUUGAAUUCUGGCAGGGCGUCCUAUGCUACAGAUGGGGAAUAAUACUCCUCUAGCUUACAGACAGUAUCCAAUGAAUCACACAGAGGCAAAUCCUUAUAAUAAGAAUAUAUAAGUAUUCAUUCAGGUUUCCUUAUAAAUCUCCUAUAUGUAAGGCAGUGAGUGUAUGCGUCCAGUUUUUUUUAAGUAUCAUGAUUCAACUCUAGAUCAUUUGCAUUAUAAAGUUAUACACCAUGAAUUAUUCCAAAUCCUGGUUUCCAGGGUGUUCAAAAAAUUGAAGUGUUCUCUGAUUAGCUUGAUGUAAGUCUACAUCAACUGUGAGAAGAAAGUGUCCUCAUUAAUUACUAGAAAAGCUGCCACCUGUUUCUAUGCCUACAACUUAAGUUAAAAACUUUAACAUUUACAUGGACUUUAUGGAGAGCCUAAAGAGGCUGGAGAAUUAUGCCGUGUUUAUAAACAUCUUUACAAAUUAUCCAAAUUGGCUACUGAAUAGCAACUAAUUAAUUCUUACCCUAUCUGGAAUCUAUAUGGGACUAGUUUGACUAUAAAGCAAACUGACUUUUUAGAAAAUCUCUCAGGAGGCACCUGGGUGGCUCAGCUGGUGAAGCAUCCGACUUCAGUUCAGGUCAUGAUCUCAUGGCUUGUGAGUUCGAGCCCUGCGUCGGGCUCUGUGCUGACCGCUCAGAGACUGGAGCCUGCUUUGGAUUCUGUAUCUCCCUCUCUCUCUGACCCUCCCCUGCUCGCAUUCUGUCUCUCUCUCUCAAAAAUAAACAUUAAAAAGUGAAAAAAAAAAACCACUCUCAGAAGUGAGUCCUAUAGAAAUCCACUUAGCAUUGAAGUAGAAAAUUUUAUUUGAUAUAACUUAGUCAAUACCACGCAUCCAGUCUCCUCCUCCUGCAAGGAAUCAUACAGGCCAUAAAGCUGGGAGCAGAGGCAGGCGGGUACUUAGCAGCAGCCCAUUCUGAGGCUGAUGGGAGGUUCUGUAAUUCUCUUUGCAAGCAUUGUCACCGGGCCUCACUUUUGGCAGCCCAUCAAUAGAUUUAUCUCACUAAAUCAGCUGGGGAGUGUUUCAAUAUGCAUUGGCAACGGUCACCUGGAAAUAGCAACUGUGAGAGAUGCUAAGGUAACAAUAUCCCGAUUGAUGUAACCUUCCUGAAUUUUUGUUCUUGUGGAUCAUCAGCCUUUUCUACUGGUGGUGCUAAGUUCCAGGUUUCUCGGGUUGGCUAGUUAACCCAUCUCUGUCCUGUGGCUUGCAUGUCUGAACAUUUAGUAGUGUUGCAAAUGCAAGGCAUGGGGCUGACAUCAAGGGGACCCAGGCAAGGGUACAGCUAGAUCUGAGAGCGAACCCAGGGUCUAUCCCCCACCGACAAGUGGCCAGGAGCACCUUUGUUCCCCAAAGCAGAUCUUCCAUGGAUUUCCCUCCAUUUGCUGAUGUCUUUGUUGCGUAAGACGCAUGUGUGACUGACUUACUGUAUGAAGCUCUUCAGUCUGGGGCUUGCACUGUGUUUGAUACAUUGUGGGUGCUCAAUAAAUAUCAAAUUAGUACCAUC